AUGUUAUGUGAUUUCAAAAAUUGCAAAAAAGAGGCCAAAAAUCAGCACCUAUGCCCCAGAUGCAAAAAGAAAACCUACUGCAGCAUGGACUGCAGGCUCCAAGACUGAUAUAAAGGCCAUCAGAUAAAUUGCGGAAAAGAAAGCUUAUUUAAGCUCGAAGACUUCGAAGAUUUAAAUACUUAGUUAGCUAGUUGCAUUAAGCACAGAGAAGAUUAUUGCAGGCUCGCAGGCAACUAGUCGCCUCCAACUCUUGCUUGCUAGCCAGAACACAGCUUCCACUGUGAUAUUCCUCACAGACGAUGACUUGAGAGCAAGAGACAUUUGGCCACUAUACCAUACGUCAGCGUGGUUUAUCUUCCAGAAAACCCAACAAACGAUUUUUUUUAUCUGGUUGUAAACCAAGAUGAACCGGCCCUAGCAUGCAGUUCCUGUAUCGCACAAGGGAUGUUGCCCGAUUGGCCAGCUCAAAUCCUCUGGCCUUGCUGGGCGUCCUCUUUAAAACUCCAGUGCACCAUCUCCCUACGAACACUCCCCUAGCAUUCCCAGAGUAAGAGGGCAGGUUGCUCACCACGCCAUUUUAAUAAAGAUUUAAAUACUAUACUUGGAAAAGGGUCUUAUGGAGAAGUAAAACUGGUUCGUCACAAGGAAACUAACUCUGAAUAUGCAUUAAAAAUUGUGAAUAAAAAAUUGCUUGAAAGAGAAGCCAGCAUUGAAGUUCUACUCACUCCCCCUCCGUGGGUGAACAAAACCAUUAGAAAAAUCGCUAUUUUUUGCCCAAAAACCCACCCUCCGUGAGUGAACAAAAAUUAUUUAAUAGAAAAAUUUUUUAUAGAAAAUAAUUUUGAUGUAUAAAUAAUAAUUAGUAUAAUGAAAUAUAGAGCUAAUUCUGUUUAAUUUUAAACGAAUAGCCUUUUAAAACAUAAAUUUUAUAAAAUUAAAUUAAUAUUUACUUCCAAUUUUUGCGAAUUAGGAUUUUUUUAAAUUUCGAAAAAAAUUAAUUUUUAUAAAAAUUAUAUAUAAAUUUUUUUUUAAAAAAAAAAAAUUAACCCCCCUCCGUAAGUGAACAAAAAAAAUUUUGUUCACUCACGGAGGGGGGGGAGUCAGAGAAAUUUCUGUUCACAAAGGGAUUAAUCAUCAAAACGUAAUCAAACUUCACGAGCAUCUUGAAGAUAACCAAAACAUAUAUUUAAUCAUUGAAUACGCAGAAGGCGGAUCAUUAUUUCAAGAAAUUCAAAAAAUAGGCAGACUAUCAGAAGAUGUAGCAAGAAAAUAUUUUUUACAGACUGUAAUAGGAAUCCAAUUUUUGCAUCAAAAUCAAAUUGUGCAUAGAGAUAUUAAGCCUGAAAAUAUUCUGCUUGACAUAAAUGGAAAUGUAAAAAUCUGUGACUUUGGAUGGUGCUUUAAAGGAGAUGAAGCAAGAAGCACAUUCUGUGGGACUUUAGACUAUAUGGCUCCAGAAAUGGUGCUUGGGAAAAAGCACUCAUUUGAACUUGAUAUUUGGGCUUUAGGGGUACUUUUAUAUGAAAUGCUGCAUGGGGAGUCACCUUUUAACGCAGCAAGGGAAAAUGAAAAAGUCCAGCAAAUAAUUUCAUGCAACCCAAGAUAUGCGACUUUUGUGUCAGAUGCCGCCAAAGAUUUAAUGCAAAAAUUGUUAAAAGUUGAGCCGACUGAAAGAAUGCCGAUAAAUGAUAUUUUAAAUCAUGCCUUUUUGAAAACUCCUUCUGAAAUUCCUGUAGGGUCUUUUAUUAGAAAAUAUGUAGAAAAUUAUGGAAUGGCUGAAGGCGUUGUGAAAUCCAUUGAUGGGGAUAACUGUGUCAUUUUUUUCCAAACUGCUAAUGUUGAAGAAAUUAUGCCGAUUGCUAAAGUUUCAAAAAUAUUGAAAAGAGGCAACAAAAUUCCGAGGUCAAGAAGAGUCUCAGGAAUUGAUAUAGAAAAAAGUCCACAGAAAUUAGAGCUUGAUUUUGAAGAAAAUAAUGCAAAACUUGCAAGAAGCAUGGAAAAAAGUCCCAGAAGACCAGAAAUUGAAUUUGACGAAAAUAAUGCAAAGCCUGCCAGAAAAAUAGAAAAUCCAAAAAGUGAAAGUUUAGAUGACAUAAAAUUUGUAACCUUUGAGGAGUCAAGCUCUGCGAAAAAAACUCCUAAAAAGCCACCCAAAGCACCAAAAAAAGAUGAGGCACCAAAAGAAGAUAAAUUAUAUGAUAAUUUAGAACAAUGGUGCAAUUUGCCAUCUAGAAGGAAAAAAAACAAAAAAAAGCCUGAUUUAAAAGUAGAAGUAGAAAAUGUAAAAGCAUCAAUUGAUAAAUCACUUGCAGCUUUAUCUGCAGAUAAGCUGACAAAAGUUAAAGAAGAAGCCCCACAAGAAGACUUUCAGGAUAUUAAAAUUGAUUCAGAUGAAUCUUAUGAAAAGGUAAAUGAAAAAAGUAUUGUUUCAAAGAGCAGUCCUGAUGUUAUUGUAUCUUUAAAAGAAAAUUUGAAUGAAAAUAAUACUAAUUCAAAGAAAAAUGACCUAAAACUUUCUGAAAAAAGUGCAGCGCCUAUAGUAAAAAAAGAAGAUGAAGAAGCUUUAAAAAAGAACUCUCCUAAAUUUGCCGCAUUAAUAUUUAUUAUGGUAAAAAAAAAUUAAAAAAAAAACUGAUAAAUAAUAUUUUUGGCAAAUAAAAUGAGUAAGAAAAAUGAAAAAGCCAUAAACAAUACUAAAUUAAUUGAUCAAAAACCAGAAAACAUUGAAUUUGACCCUGUAGCACCACCAAAGCCUAACAAGCAAAUUGAGCCUAUCAAAAAUCAAAAAACUGAGAUUUCUCAGCAAAUCCUUUCACCAAAAUUCCAAGCUAAUAGCCCUAAAGAUCAAUCUAAGUCAAUCGAUCCACCAUAUCUAAGUCCAGGCAAAUCAAACAAUUUUGAGCCUCAAAGAAGUGUGUCUCCAGCCAUAAAAUCUUUUAAAAGCGAUAUUCCAUCAAAUUACGAUUUAAGCUUUUCAGAAGACAAGUUUGAAUAUCCAAACGCUAAAAAAUCCAUAUUAAAGAAUAAUCAUAAUAAAAGCAAUGAGCCUCAAUAUUUUUCCGGCCCGCCUGAUUUUAAAAAAAUGCCAACAAUGUCUAAAGAUGUAGAUUAGAUUAGACUAGAAUGGUUAUUUAUAGUCAUCACUUCCUGAAUAGCUGUGUGAAUUCCGCAGGCGAACGCCUAUAGGGUUUGACUCCUUCACGGCAGCUUGUGCCGGGCCGAAACCCCUGCUUCUCGGUAGAGGCAUUUUACAUCCUGAUAUGGUUCAAGCCAGAUUUUUCUUGGAGCCUACAUUUCCAACUCAAGUGCCAAAAUUGUUCAACUCUGUGCAGCUUAGACUGGAGAAACUAGCCCUGAGACCUCCGCCUAGCCUGUUUCUUUUUUUCUCUAGUUCAUCUCUGAAGAAAACUCAAUGUGCUUUGUGAGAUUUGGGACAGGCCACAAAAGCAGCUUUGCCAGGUAAGCCAUCUUGCCACUAUCGGACACCCAUUCUGGGCAUGGGCACUGCUGGCCAAAAAAAUGAAUAAAACUGCUGCUCAAACGAGUCACUAAUCAGUGGAAAUAGAGCUAGCCUUUCGCUUCGAGGCUAACCAACCCUUCAGCAGCUCUUUGCACAAAAAAACAUUCUGAAUAUAUAUACAUAAGGACACCCGCCACGGUGAGGACAGGUCGCUCGUCACAGCCAUUUUCUGUAUAGUCUAGAGAUUUUAAAAUUGAAAUAAAAGAAAACAUCGAAAACCAAAAAAAAGGCCAUGAAGAAGACUAUAAGCAAGUGGAGUAUUAUACAUCCGAUGAUAAUUCUAACCCUGAAAUAGAAAAUCCAGCCCCACAGAUUGAUUAUGAGAACUCCUCAUUUUCACCUUUAGAUUUCAACGAAAAGAAAAAGCGUUAUGAAUCUCAAGAAAACCCCAAGAUUUUGAAAAACAAUUCGGAAAAUGAAAUUCCAGCAACAUCUCAUAAGAAAAAUGUUUCUGAAAAUUUUAAAUUUCCUGAGCCAAUUGCUUCCUCUCCAGUUCCACCUGUAAAAAUCAACCCCAAAUCCAAAAUGGCUAAAAGUUUCUCAAUUUCUACAGACCGUGAUAAUCGAAAAGAAUUUGAAACUCAACGCGAACUCAUCGAGCAGCAGCAUUUAGACUUCUACGCAAGCCUAGAGCAAGCUUGGCUAAAUGAUGGAAAAGAAAAAAUAAUAACAGCCCCAGAUAUCCCAGAUACCAAUAUUGUGGUUAAUAAAAAUGCUCAGAGCUUAGAUGAAUACGACAUGUAUAUAAACACUUUGCAGCCAUUAGAAGAAAUAGAAGAUUAUGAAAAAGAAUUAUCCAUUUCGAAAGACGUGCUGAGAAAAAAGAAAAAAGAGCUGGAAAGGCUGAUAAAGAGAGUCAACAUUAAACCCAUGCCAGUUGUGGUAAAAAAACAAAAAAAGAAAAAAGAAGAGGGAGGAUUUUUGAGGUGGCUUGGAGGGGUGAUUGGAUGCACAGAUAGAUAA